AUGGAUCCCGCUUCUUCCAGAAACCAGCGCAACCGAAUCGUCUCUUCUGGGGAGAGACCCGUGAUGGCCGAUAAUGGCGUCCAGCAGCUUUCUCUCGAUGACGAAAGAAAUGUUUCUUCUUCCGUUGGUCCUUCUCCUAAUCCAACCCCGUAUUACAACGUUCUUCAAACCCCUACGAAUCUCUAUCCUUACGAUUGGGAUGUUGCACAUCCUGGUUAUGCACAAAGCAUCACUGGCUGGGAUGGAUAUUCAGGAUAUGCUACUACCCCUGAAGGCCUGCAUGUGCCACAGGUUGUCUACAAUGAAAAUUCAUCUUUUAUGUACCACCCUGGUUAUAGCUACAACCCUUAUCAAUCUAUGAUGUUGGAGGGCCAAAUUCCAGUCUCCACAGCUUAUUACCCACAGUUUGGUACACCUUCACCUAUGCAUUUUACUCCCUCGGAGAUUGGUGGUGACCCAACUUCUGCUUAUAUGAUUCCUUUUGGGGGAUAUGGCAACUUUUCCGGGAAUCAAGUGGGCAACUCUCUGACUUCCCCUGUACCUUAUCCUCAAACGAUGGGUAUACUUGGGCCAUACGACCAUAAUGCUUCACAGUUACCGUUGCAUGAGAGUGGGGUGGCUUCAAGCUCUUCCUUGGGAGGGUAUUAUCAUGUAGGAUCUUACCAGAGUCCAAACUCUAUGGCCUCAUACUAUGGAGGAGCUGAUAAUAAUCAAGUCAGAUUAACACCUGACAUAGGUAAACGGCGAGAGAGGGAGUUCAGUUCUGUAUCUACAACCACUGAUCUGUAUGGCAACCGAGGACCAAGGGCAUCCAGCAGGGUGAAGAGCAAGAACAGCUCCGGAGUUUGUUCUUCUUCUGGUGAUUCAGCAAACGAUUCGAGCACAUCUGGACCAAAUCCUCCCAGUUUGUACAACCUUCCAGAAUUCGUGACGGAUUAUAAGAAUGCCAAGUUCUUUAUCGUCAAGUCAUUUAGUGAAGACAAUGUCCACAGAAGUAUCAAGUACAAUGUCUGGGCCAGCACGCCACAUGGCAACAAGAAGUUAGAUACUGCUUAUCGGGAUGCUGAGAAGUUGGGCGGCAAAUGUCCAAUCUUUCUGUUCUUUUCGGUAAAUGCUAGUGGACAAUUCUGUGGGGUGUCAGAAAUGGUCGGACCUGUAGAUUUUGAAAAGGAUGCUGCGCACUGGCAGCAGGACAGAUGGAGUGGGCAGUUCCCAGUGAAAUGGCAUAUUGUGAAAGAUGUACCGAAUAACCGAUUUAGUCAUAUUCUUUUGCAAAACAAUGACAACAAGCCGGUGACACACAGCCGGGACUCUCAGGAGGUGAAGCUGCGUCAGGGGAUUGAGAUGCUCAGAAUUUUCAAAGACUACGAGGCACACACAUCGAUCCUUGAUGAUUUUGGCUACUAUGAUGAGAGAGAGUGGCAAAAAACGGUGGGGGAAGAUGGAGGGAAGAGAGAAGACAAGGAAGCAGAGACCUCUGUGGAGCAGUUAUCAGAGCGUCUUGAAGGUGUGACAGUAGAAGAUGGAAAGGAGGUGGAAAGAGAAGACUUAGCAAUAGCUUGA